UCCUUUUCAUCAUCAUUUCCUUCUCUUUGUUUGGAUAUUAGAAAGCCUCCCUCUUGCAAUUUUUUUAAUCUUUAAUCCCGGUAUUUCAGAUCUAUAAAUACCAACAAACUCCAUUUUGUUCUUCUGGGUUUUCUUUGAAAUUAUGAGUAAAGAAGAGUUCUUAAAGAUUCAGACUUGUGCCCUGAAAGUGAAUAUCCACUGUGAUGGUUGUAAACGAAAAGUGAAGAAAACCCUUCAGAAAAUCGAAGGUGUUUACACCAUCGUAAUAGAUUCAGAACAGGGGAAAGUGACGGUGUCGGGAAAUGUUGAUCCGGCGGCACUCAUCAAGAAACUUGCAAAGAGUGGGAAACAAGCACAGAUUUGGGGUGCUCCCAAACCAAAUCAACAGAUGAAUAAUCAGUUAAAGAACUUGCAAAUCGACGCUGGUAAGGGCAACAAAAUCCAGGGACAGAAAGCCGGUGGAAAUCAGCAGGGGAAAGGAGGGCAACCACAACAGAAGGGUGGUGGUGGUGGUGGCGGCGGUCCUCCAACCCUGCAACAGCUUCAACAGCUUCAACAGCUUCAGCAGCUUCACCAAUUAAAAGGGUUUCAAGAUAUGAAGUUGCCUCCCCAAUUUAAGGACAUGAAGUUGCCCGCUUUGGGUGGUGGUGGCGGAGGCGGUGGCGGUGGUGGUGGCGGAGGCGGUGGUGGUGGUGGUGGCGGCCCCAAGGAUGCACAAAAGUCGGUUAAGUUUAAGAUGCCGGAGUCGGAUGAGAGUGAUGAUGAGUUCGACGAUGAUGAUUAUGAUGAUGAGUUUGAUGAUGAUGAUUAUGAUGAUGAUGAGUUUGAUGAUGAUAUGGAUGAUCUUCCGAUGAAGAAGCCGGUGAUGGCAGGUGGCGGUGGUGGUGGCUCUCAGAUGGCUAAUAUGAUGAUGAAUCCACAGUUCAUGAAAGGUGGGCAGAUGCCACCGCAUCUGAUGAAGGGUGCUCCCCAAAUUGGAGAUGCUGGUGGAAACGGUGGGAAGAAAGGUGGUGGAGGUGGAGGUGGUGGCGGCAAUGGGAGUAUUCCUGUACAGAUGAAUGCCGGUGGAAAGAAAGGAUGCAAUCAAAAUCAAGGUGGUGGAGCAGGGAAGAAUGGUGGCAAGAACGGUGGUGUUGGUCUUGCUGACGGUCAAAUUAAGAACGGUGGCGGUGGCGGUGGUCAAAACAAAAACAACGGUGGUGGCGGCGGCAUUCCUAACAUGAAUGGUAAUGGAGUCAAGAAAGGUGGAAUGAAUGAUGGCGUACAUGGCAUGCCAAACAUGAUGAGCAUGAGUGGUGGUGGUGGGGGUGGGCUGGGACCCAUGGGUCACAUGCCCAUGGGUCAAAUGAGUAACAUCCAGGCUGUUCAAGGACUUCCGGCAGGUGGUGGUGGCGGGGGCAAUAGUUAUUUUCAAGGUGGUGGGGCAGAGGCCAUGGCUGGAAACCCUUAUUACCAGCAGCAAUUAGCGGCGGCAAUGAUGAACCAACAACGAGCAAAUGGAAACGAAAGGUUUCAGCCGAUGAUGUACGCUCGGCCACCACCGGCGGUGAACUAUAUGCAACCACCAUAUCCACAGUACCCCUACCCUCAACCACCACAGGGUGACCCCCUCACACACUACUUCAGUGAUGAGAACCCUUCAAGCUGCAAUGUGAUGUGAUGUGAUGUGAUGAGGUAGUGGUGGCUCAUGGUGGUUGUGGGUGGCCAUACCAAAAAUACAAAAGGAAAGGGAAGGAAAAGAAGGGGAUUUCCUUAGGAAUUAGUUGUUUUGGUUGAAUAUUAAUUCUUGUUAAAUCCUUUUGGUUUUUAAUCCUGAAGGGUCUUUAAAUUAAGGAUCAUAUGAAAGUAAACAUAUAGAUGAUGAUAUCAUGGAAAACAUGAGGGUGAGUACUAUGGUUCAUGGGGCCUUAUUUUGAUGUUUAUAUGGUGUUCAUAUGCUCAAAAUAUGAAAUAAAAUUGUGAAACAAUGCCUUUCAAUC